AUGGCGGAAUUACAAGCUCUUCAGAGUGCUGGGAGCGAUUCCUCAGUCCCGCAGUCGUCACCUAAUGCCGAGGAAGCCCCCAAACCAUCCAAAGGCAUUAAUCCUAGGCUUAAGAGGACUGCGCCGUGUAUACUGGUGGAGGGAGGAGUUGUACGAAUGGCGCCGAGCCGUUUCUUCUGCUCGUCGACGAUACACCCGUGCGAGAAGAAGAAGGAUAAGGGACCCCGAGGAAGAGACAUCGCUUUACGAGUCAUACCGGCAAACGUGCCGGGACCUGCAAGUGGCCAUAUGCGACGCCAAAACCACUUGCUGGAGAGAGUGGCUAGACUCUAUUAA